GAAGAAGAAGAAGUCAAAAGCGGAAGUAAAGUUUUGCGGUGCCCUUGCGCGAGAGAGUCGGCUGAGGACGGACUGAACAUGAACAGACAUAUAUUUACGCUCCAGCAGGUGGCGCGGAGGACCAUCUGCAGCUCCGCGCGGCGCCAGGCUGACAAUAAAAUCCCACUGAAACAGAAGAUGUUUCAGGAGGACAACGGCAUGCCGGUUCAUCUAAAAGGAGGCAGCAGCGACGCUCUGCUCUACAGAGCCACCAUGGCCAUGACCGUCAUCGGGGCUGGAUACGUGGUUUAUGAGCUGGUGAAGGCGGCGUUCCCUCAGAAGAAAUAGUCCCUGCACCUGAACAGCUGUUAGCUCCUCCCCCCACACCGGCCUCUAUUGUACAAACAUACAGUGGUAAUACUUGUCUUUACCGUCACGGCGGGAUAUUGUUUCAUGUUCAUGGGAUCAAUAUUUAUUUCUUGUAUUCGCUCUGAGGAUCAAUAAAACAAAUGCCUCUCAUGACCCGA